AAGCAGACGAGGUUAUGUUCUGCAUCGAUUGUUGUGUAUACAAAGACACAGACUGAGUACCGGACGGAUGGGAACGGACCUGGCAGGUUUAAACAUUCACACAUCAACAGGUGGACGAUAGUACCAUGACGACGGAAGAGUAUUAUGGAGGAAUUGAAGGUGGAGCCACCCAUUCGAAGAUGGUUCUUAUGAAAUCAGAUGGCAGCAUUGUGGCCUGGGCUGAUGGACCAGCUACAAAUCAGUGGGCCCCUACUCAUUGUAUUGAUGAAUGUCUCAAAAGAAUUAAUGACCUUGCAGUGGAAAUAAAGAAAAAAGCUGGAACAGAUGAAAAUAUUCCUUUGAAGGGACUGGGUAUGUCCAUGAGUGGCGGAGACUCGGCCGAGUGCCAGGCCAAGAUGACCAAAGCUAUUCAGGAGAAGUACAAGACGCUCAGUGAAAGUUUUAACGUCUGCAACGACACUUACGGAGCUCUUGCAACAGCCACUGAUAAAGGUGGUAUUGUCCUUAUUGCCGGCACUGGUUCAAACUGUCAGCUGAUCAAUCCUGAUGGGGGGCGGUCACGAGUUGGAGGAUGGGGUCAUCUGAUAGGGGAUGAGGGAUCGGCAUUCUGGAUUGUGCACAGAGCCUUAAAGAUUUUAUUUGAUCAUGAAGACAACUUGUUCCCAUGCCAGUAUGAUGUGACAUUUGUUCGCAAAACAAUGUGCGAGCAUUUUAAUGUACAAGAUCAAUUUGGUAUGUUGGAUCAUCUGUACACCAACUUUACCAAGUCUUUUUAUGCCAGCAUGGCAGUGAAAUUAGCCAAAGGAGCCUCAGAACUGAAUGAUCCAUUGUGCAAACAUAUAUUUGAGGAGACCGGAAAAAUACUGGCACUUCACGUGCAAGCUGUAUCUCAACAUGCUGACGAGUCACUACUGAAGGGGCCGGGAGGGUUGAGUGUGGUAUGUGUGGGAUCUGUGUGGAAAAGCUGGGACCUGAUGAAAGAAGGCUUUUUUAAGGCUCUAAAGCCAAGGAACGACCAAGAUGUGAAGAUUACUGAAAUUAGUUUGUUGGAACUUCAGCAAAAUGGGGCAGUGGGUGCGGCUGCCCUUGGGGCAAAGCAUGCUGGGUAUCAACUGCCUCUGGAUUAUAAGGCAAACUCAAAGACAUUCUGCCAUCAUAAGUUUGACUGAUUCCUUUAUAAAAGACUAUUAAGUCUUGACUUAAUUUUUUCCAGACCUUUCCAUUAAUACAUUCGCAAAUCUGCUUGUAAUUGAUACAUUGAUUACACAUUAGCUCACAUUUCUUGCGUGAUGUCUUGGUAAUACAAGAUACCCAUGCAAGCAAUCUGUUUUAAAGAUUGUGGAACAGAUUUUUUAUUUGUUUUAUUUUACACAAAGUUCUUGGGUAUUUUGUGCAAAAUCAUUUAGGUCUACUGAACUGAAUUAUAUUGUUUAAAAUUUGUAAGUAUAUCCAGCAUUUGUAAGUACAAAUAUAUCCGGACUUUUUAUGGCAAUGUUGUUGUUUGUUCAGUCAUGACUGAUAUGCAAAUGGUUGUUAGGUGUCUUUGUAUGAAUACGUAAUUCACAUGCAUUUUUUAUGUACAUAUAACUAAAUAUUGUGUGAAUUUAACAACUGUUGUAUCACAUCUUUGCUCAAGGAAGGAAUAUUGAUUUAUACCCUGAAACUGUGAAGAUAAAAUACAUCUUGAAACUGUUUUUCAACAGUUCCAUUUAGCAAGUAAUGCAGGACCUAAUCUUACUGUAAGUCUUCAAUCUUUUCGACCUUUAAAGCACUUUUUUCAGUAGAAUCUAGGAUUACAUAUGUUAUGAAAAUGAUGCUAAAAUGAUUUGUUUUUCUCUUUAUUUACUAACAUACUUCAAAUUUUGAUAAGAAUAAAUCAUGUGAAAUAUUUUGCAUCAAGAACAAAGAAACAGCAUUCCAUAUGAGUCACCACGAUAUGAUUAUAAUUCUGUCCAAGCCACGUUAAACCCGAGUCAUUCUUUCCAUAUGCCCGGUUUCCUUCCGCCAUAAUGCUGGCUGUCUUCAUGCAAGUGAAAUAUUCUUGAUUACGACGUAAAACUCCAAUUACACAAAUAAAAUAGAUGAAAUCCUUCCAAAUGGUUUGAUGCUCAAAAUGUUUGUCCUUUUCGUAAAAUUGUAACGUUACUGGUACAUAUUUUUUAACAUUUGUAUGAAUCUGUUUGUUAAUGUACAACAACAGUGAUGCACAAUGUUAUAGAUUAAUACAUACAUGUAUGAAGAAAAAGCACUCCUAUACUGAAGGUUGUAAUUUAAUUUGGCAGCAAAGGUUGUAAGGAUUAAUCCUUACACAUGUGGAUAUUUACAUGUACAUUCAAGUCUACACACAUUCAAGAGAGCACAAAGAUCAUGUCAUGGAUUAUCAUUAUGGCCCUGUCGUCAAAUAUAGUUAUUUUAGUGGGCAAACGAGGUUAUGCUUGGAUCAGUUGCUAAAAUCCAAGGCAUAACGUUUUAUUUCUAUG